UGAAAAUGUAGUGACUUCUAUUUACAACUGCAGCAGGCAGGACUAAACAACUCACUGACAAACCUCAUUAGACACGUAUAUUCUCUUCAAAUCUUCUUUCUUUAAUUGACCUUUGGUAUUUCCUUUAGGUUUCUUUACUUUAUAGUCAAUUUGAAAGGAAUUCACCGGGUACUGGCAUCAAUAGUAAUAUAAAAUGGACGGUGUAAACACAGUAACUUGGGGAAAUGAAGAGUCGAGAGAAAUGGAUGUGGAGUCAAAGUGGAGUUCAAAGAUAUGUGAUUACUGCAGAAGGAAACUGCGUAGACUUUUACCAGUGAAUUAUAAAGAAGAGAUUGUAGAGCUGUUGAAUCUGACUGGACCUGUGUUUCUAUCUCAGCUGAUGAUCUUUCUGAUCAGUGUCGUAAGUACUGUGUUCUGUGGACACUUGGGGAGAACUGAACUAGCUGCUGUUGCUCUUGCCACUGCUGUUAUAAAUGUGACUGGCCUCUCUGUUGGUUCUGGUUUGGCGUCUGCGUGUGAUACACUCAUCUCACAGACGUUUGGCAGUAAUAAUCUGAAGCGGGUUGGUGUGAUACUACAGAGAGCGAUUCUCAUCCUUUUGUUGGCCUGUUUCCCCUGCUGGGCUUUGUUCAUAAAUACAGAGCCAAUACUACUGGCUGUCAAACAAAGUCCAAGAGUGGCCAGUCUGUCACAACGCUAUGUAAAUAUAUUCAUACCAGCUCUGCCUGCCUCGUUUAUGUAUCAGUUGCAGUCCAGGUAUCUUCAGAAUCAGGGUAUUAUUUGGCCUCAGGUGAUCACAGGAGCAGUUGGGAAUGUCAUCAAUGCUCUCAUAAACUACAUCUUCAUUUAUCAGCUUGAUCUUGGUGUAACAGGAUCUGCUGCAGCAAACACAAUAUCCCAGUAUUCAUUAGCUGUGUUUCUAUAUGUCUACAUUCGCUGGACAGCUUUGCAUAAAGCCACGUGGGAUGGUUGGUCUCGUGACUGUCUGCAGGAAUGGGGAGCUUUUGUUCGCCUGGCCCUUCCCAGCAUGAUCAUGCUUUGUGCAGAGUGGUGGACCUAUGAGAUCGGUGGAUUCCUGGCAGGACUUAUCAGUGAGGCUGAGCUGGGAGCCCAGUCUGUUGUCUAUGAAUUGAUCAGCAUCGCAUACAUGUUUCCUCAGGGGUUUGCAGUGGCCGCCAAUGUGAGAGUUGGAAAUGCACUCGGAGCUGGAAACACAGAUCGAGCCAAACUUUCAGCCAAAGUUUCUUUAGUCUGUGGAUUUCUUGUUUCCUGUGUGAUUGCGGCUGUUUUUGGAGCUACCAGUAAUAUUAUAGGAUGCAUCUUUACCACAGACAGGGACAUUGUGCUCAGAGUUUCACAGGUCAUGGUUAUGUAUGGCAUUGUUCAUCUAUUCGAUGCCAUUUCGGCUAUAACAAGUGGAAUUGUCAGAGGUGCUGGAAAGCAACUGAUUGGUGCUCUGUGUAACAUUGUUGGAUAUUAUUUGAUUGGAUUACCAAUAGGAGUCUCCCUUAUGUUUGCUGUCAACAUGGGAAUUAUUGGUCUGUGGGUUGGGUUUUUUGUGUGUGUUUUCCUGCAAUCUUUAUUUUUUAUCAUCCUCAUUUGGAAAAUGGACUGGAAGAAAGCAACUCAAGAGGCUUUGGUCAGAGCAGGUGUACAAGAUGCUGAAAAUGAAUGUUACGCUAUGGAAAACAAGGGCUUCACAGAAGAAGACGCACAGGUGCCACAGUGCACUGAAGGAGGUCAAGCAGAUACAAACACAGACCUGGAAGCUCUUAGUAAGGCAGAAGAGGUUAUUGCAUUAGUAACAGUUGGAGAGGUCUUGACCACAAAACAGCUGGUGGUCCGUCGAGGACUUUCUGUUUUCUUUAUGCUGCUUAUAUUCGCCGGAGGGAUUGCAACAAAUGAGGUCCUUACUGACUUGCUCAGAUGAGCAUAAAAAUUCUUGUGCCAAUAUUGCAAUGUGCCACGUUACUGUGGCUAUCAUACAAUUUUUCUUUCUUAUCCAGCAAUAUCCCAUCAAGGCAAACACUUUAAUUCCUUGUAAAAUUUAUAUUGUGACAUCAGCAAACACAACAUGAUACAAAAGCAGUAACUUUUCUAAAUACUAACUGAUAAGCAGUGUGCCAACAUUAUAAAGAAUAAGGCUUCAAAAUUGCAAACAGUCUACUAGUGACCCCUAGUGGUCGCUAUAUGACAGCGUUAACUUGCAUUUACUACCCCAGUGGUUCUGGUGCCAGGGGGCCCCAGUUUUAUAAGACUUUAAAAAUACAUUAAUUCAUCAUAAAUUCUGUGACCUCAGAUAAAUACAGCUACAACAUUGCAUUGUAUAAUUUAAUGUUUUGUUGAAUUCAAAUGUUAAGUUUGAGGUUUUUUUAUGUAAUACAUUUUCUUUGUGGAGGGGGUGAAAAGGCAUUCACCCUACACAAUAGGGUCACACGCUGAAAAGUUUAAGAAGCACUGCCCUACACAAUCAUUCACAUAGCGUUUCAAAUUACAACUGAUCAGUGUGACAGAAAAUAACAAAUUAAUAAACA